UGCUCAAAGCCAGUUGUCACUUCAUUCAUGUUGUGCUGCGAACACCACGCACAUGGAUGCAGGUUAACAGCCAACAACCAGACUUCAGCAGUUUGUUACAUGCAACCAGCAGCUUUGGAUUUCUCCAGGAUUAGCCGUCAAGACUGCCAAAGAUCUGAUCUCAUGCUUUAAAACAAAACCUCACUUGGACAAACUGAUCAAAUAGGAUUCCUUUAUGCAUUCUUCUGGUCAUGGCGUGUGCAUAUGAGCUGUGCAUACUGGAAUACAUAAGAUACUGACUUGCUUCUACUUGCAACAAAGAUGUUCCUCAACACGGCGCUGGUGGUCCUGACUGACCUGGCAGCCAGGUUACUUGGUAACAAGCUGUUCAGGCAGCAUUUCCACCUGCUGCUCUCAGCUGUUCUGAUGUUCGGCCCUGCACUUAGCCUCUGGGUAUCUCAGCACAGCAUCUUUGCCAAGAAAAGCCAUUUCCUUUACAGGUUGUUCCUGUGCUCUGGUUGGGGCUGGACGUGUGUCUUUGUUGGCUCCUUCGUCUUUCUCCUUUCCUACUCCAUCCGUCGUUCCCUUUUACUAUCCUUCCGUCAUCUCAGCAGGCUUGCAGUGGCUGGAGGACUUUGGUUUUGCUUCUGCAAACUGCUGGACCUCCUGGAGAACACUACAGGAAGCUGCUAUGAACCUUUACAUACUGGUCCAGAGGUCACCAAUGCGCAGCCUCUGCUGGUACUGAGAGAGGGGGAAAACAAGUCAGAGUGCCUGAAAGCCGGGAUGGUUUGGAGAGGUUAUGAGGUUUCAGAGGAUGUCUUUCUUCUCUGUCUGUGCUGCCUUCUGCUGGCAGAGGAAACAGCUGUGUUUGGUCCUUAUUUAAGCCUUGGGGGGAUCUCAGACGCCCCACUGAGGAUCCUCUUUUUCUUCUGUGUUCUCCUUCUUGGACUGUGGAUCUUUCUGCUGCUCUGUCUUUUAGCCUACUUCCCUCAGUUCCCCACUCAGCUGCUAGGAGGUGCUCUAGGGUGUCUCAGCUGGAGGGGACUGUAUCAGGGCUGGUAUCGCAUGGGGCCCAGCUGGUACUGCCCAGGAAGGCCCGGUCAGGGACUCCUUAACAUUAAGGCCAGCAGCACCGAGUCAGAUGAUACACUAGACCACAAUCACUAUAACUAACUAAUGGAAACAGAUUCAAAGAUUUUGCUUUAAACCUAAAAGUCAUUAAAUCUUCAACAAACAA